AUUUCGCAUUCCCUUGACGCGAUUUAACAAUUUCUCGCGCCAACCAUCUUCCUCGACACCCGCUUCCUCGCCGCCGGUUCACCACCGAGAACCGUUGGUUGGCGAAAAAAGGCAGAAUGGGUUCAGGAACAGUAUGGACCGUCUUUGGCGUGGAGGUAGGUUAUUUUCACUUUUUUUUCUUUUUUUUUUUCUUUAGUGCGCGAGUGGAGAGUGCUUAAUAAAUCCAUAUCGUCUCCUUUUCCGAAGGUAGUCUCUUUUUGGUGCCGAUUGUAAAGCCAAUUCGAUACCUACCGUGGUAUCUCCAUCUCCCUACUCUUCCUCCCUCGAAGUAGGCGUUCCUAGGUUCGAUCAGUCAUAUCUGGCAUUGCCUGAUCACCUGUUUCGAGAUAUAAAGCUUCCAUUUACUUGGAAGUAUCCUCAUCUCCCUUAAAUCGUCGCGAUCUAAUCUACUGUAUCUGUGUUUCCAGGAGGAAUUCACAAGUUCCUACUCCCAUAAGUACCGGCUUCAAAGAAGCCCGACCCAAUCAGUUAGGAUGCAUUUCAAACAACCUGAAAGUAGUGGCGGUGCUCUCGCCGACCAAGUAACUGUGCCGGAAACGAAGACUACUCGCGCCGAAUUCAUCAAGCAGUCCUCGACUCUGCCAUUCGGCCAACCCGUUCCGUUAUCCUCGAUAUCUGGACCUACCUAUGUCACCGGUCAACUGCUCGUCCAGCAGAUCGCUUAUGCCUUGUCCGAUAAGAUUUUCUCUUACUCGCCUGAGACUUUUGACCUCGAUGUUGCUGUGAAGGCUUGGACUAAGGAUGGAGACAAGAAUAUCCACGGAUAUCCCACUGCUGUCGUACCCCUCCAAACACGUUCGGGAGCUGGUGCGUUCGCUCUCGGUUAUAUCUUCUCCAAGGAUUUCGAUCUAAGCAAGAGACAUAUUCCCCAGACUCUGCUUGCGCCUUCGCUUAGCUUGCGCCAUCUUCGCUCUACCCUGGACCAAUUGGCUUUGUUAUACGGAGUUGCUAGCCCUUUUGUCGCUCAUGUCGCCGCUACCGAUUAUACCUCCGAUGCCGGCCUUGUCGCGGAGUAUGGCACUGCUCUGCAGUUAUCCGAAGAGCUUGGAUUAGGACUUGUCUCCAGUGGUUCUGCCUAUGAGGCUCAACAUAUCUCUUUGUUCGCCACGCUGAUGGCCAAGGUCUUACCUACUAUCCAUCUCUAUGAUGGUGUUCGUACGUCGCGUGAGACCUUAAGAGUUAUCGAUGUUUUGAGCCAGGUUGGUGUUGCCGACAUCUUCAACAAAGUCUCAAAGACGGCAGAGACCUUGAACAAGCGCCUCGAUAGCGCCGGCAAGGUUGUCGAACUUCUUCAGUCUUUCAAUGACGAGCUUGGUACCGAUUACGAACCCUUUGAGUAUGUUGGUCACGACGCUGCUGAGACUGUAUUUGUGGUUUUUGGUAGCGUCGAAGCCCAGCUGGCUAAGCAGGUAUUGCCUAAACUUGCCACCGACGGAGCAAAGGUUGGCGCCAUCGUUGUCAGAAUAUACAGGCCCUUCAUUGAAGAAGCUUUUAUUAAGGCCCUGCCAGCUUCUGUUCAACGCAUUGCUGUCUUAGGACAAGUUGCGAACGAAGCCGCUGCAUUAGAUUCUUCGGUUCAAUCUGUCCUGUACUCCGAUGUCCUGACUGCGGUGUCCUUCUCGAGCAAAUGGGUCGCAGUUCCUGCAGUUACGGAUGUUAAAUAUCCAGCUUCGCACGCCUUUACUCCAUCGACAUUUGCUGCUGCGAUCACUCAAGCGACAAGCAAAACACCUAUCUCUCAAAUCCGGUUACCCCAGCUCGACUCUGUGCAGCAAUACAUAUUGUGGGAUACUGACAAUUCUGUUGCCAUCUCUGCUCCAACUGUUAUCGGAUCACUUUUAUCUCGAGACUCUACUAGCAAUGUUUAUUUGAACGAAUCUUACGAUAACCUGGUGCAAGGUGGUGUCGUCCGUUCCGACCUGAGAUCAUCGAAGAAGACAAUUGACGCGCCUUACGCCGUUGAGGAGGCUGACGUAGUCUUAGUCGGCGAUGAGACAUUGUUGAAGGAAGUGGCCGCGUCCAACAGCGUCAAGGAUAAUGGUAAACUUAUUUUAAAGCUGCCAAAUUUCAAGGACGAAGAUGUGGAAAAACGAGUACCCGUUACGGUUCGCAGAGAUGUGCACGCCAGGAAUAUUUCACUUUACGUCCUCGAUUCCUCUUUGUCUCCGGCUUUCGAGAGCGACUUCAAUGUUGCCAGGCUGCUUGUCGAACUUGCUUUCCUCAAGGUAGCACACUCUGAGCUUAAGCAAGACAUUUUGGAGAAGCUGGCUGCUUUAGAGGCUAACCCCUCAGUUCUUGAAGAGAGCGUUGAUGCACUAGACAAGUGCCUAAAGCAAUUCGAGGUUCCGGAGUCUUGGGCGGAGACUACCGAGGAGACAUCUCGUAAUCUUCCUCGAGUACUUAAGACAAACAGUUUUGCGCCGUUCGAAAAACAGGAAGCAGAACAGGAACUACAGCUCAGCAGCUGGGAAUCUGCUGCCAAGGGUCUAGUUUUCAAAGAAGCCUUUGCCACUGACAUCACUCUGCGCCCUGACUUGACAGUUAAGACGCACACUAUCCACGUCAAGGAGAAUCGUAGACUCACGCCCAUGACUUACGAUCGAAACAUCUUCCACAUUGAAUUUGACCUUGGCAACUCUGGCUUGACAUAUAAAAUAGGAGAGGCACUUGGAAUACACGCGGAUAACGAUACCGAUUUGGUCCGCGAAUUCAUCGAGUCUUAUGGCUUGAACGCAGAUGAUCUUGUCCAGGUCCCGUCUAGGGAAGAUGCCAACAUUCUAGAAACAAGAACAGUCUAUCAGUCACUGGUACAGAACAUCGACAUCUUCGGAAAGCCCCCCAAGCGCUUCUACGAGUCACUGGCGGAGUUUGCUACUGAUGAGCUUGAAAAGAAGAAGCUCCUUUCCCUCGGUUCUCCAGAAGGCGCCGAAGAGUUCAAGCGCCGCUCAGAAGUCGACACAAACACAUUUGCUGAUGUCUUUGAGGAAUUCAAGUCUGCUCACCCUAGCUUCCCGGAGCUUGUUCGUCUUGUCGGGCCCCUAAAGCGUCGCGAGUACUCUAUUGCUUCUGCCCAAGCCGUAACCCCGAAUGCCGUUGCUCUAAUGAUUGUGGUUGUGGACUGGGUUGAUUCUAAGGGACGAACGCGUUACGGCCAAGCGACUCGCUAUCUUAGCCGCCUCCCUGUCGGAGCUGCCGUCACCGCAUCUGUCAAGCCUUCGGUUAUGAAGCUGCCGACACGUGAUGAUGCACCCCUUAUUAUGGCUGGUCUCGGAACUGGUUUGGCCCCUUUCAGGGCUUUUAUUCAAUACCGAGCAAUGCAGAAGGCGCAGGGUAAGGAUAUUGGUGCCAUCCUCCUAUACCUCGGCUCUCGUCAUCAACGAGAAGAAUAUCUCUACGGCGAAGAAUGGGAAGCAUAUCUAGACGCGGGCGUCAUCACCCUGCUUGGUGCAGCUUUCUCACGAGACCAACCUCAGAAGAUCUACAUUCAAGACCGCAUGCGCCAGACCUUGAGUGAUAUUAUCAAAGCAUACAUCGAAGAGGAGGGUUCCUUCUACCUCUGCGGUCCUACUUGGCCUGUGCCCGAUGUUACCGACGUCCUUAAGGAAGCCAUUGCGGCUGAGGCGAAGGCAACUGGAAAGAAGGUGGAUGCGACUAAAGAAAUCGAUCGUCUUAAGGAGGAUGGACGAUACGUACUUGAAGUUUACUAGAUGCCGUCGUUGAAGAGGUAGAUUUGAUUCAGUAUUAGCGGCUUAGAGUUGUUACGAGUUGGGUGUCAGGUACAUAGGUACCUACCUAGGUACCGAGGUAUUUAUAGAGGUUAUGAACGAUUUUAUUUUUAGUAUCUAUCAAUUCAAUUUAACGAUCAUCCUUUUGCUUUAUA